UGCAACUUUGUUUUAUUUUUUCACUUGGUCAAAAGCCGUCCCUUCUGCCAUUGCGUAGCGCAAGAAACCAAAGAAGCAUUAAAAAAUUCAUUCAACUAAAACCGCUGCGCUUACUGCUGCUCCUCUCGGUGCCUCUCUCUCUCUCUCCACCAGCUUUGACGCACCCCCGGCUCCGUUUGCACGCACCUGGCAGACCACGCCGCCACCUCUUUUUCUCGCUCGUCACAAAACUGCCACUCACUUUUACCUUUUGUGCACCGCCAGGCUUCUUUUUUUCCUCUUUCUCCGUUGAACAAUUUUCCAACGCCUCUACAAAAAGCUUCAACACAGUAUAUAUCGUACGAGAAAAGUCGCCGCGCAGCUUCAAGCACAGCACCGUGUACUCCUCACAGCCAGUCAUGUCGUGGACGUUCCGGCGUCUCUAGUCCUGGCAGCCGUGCCAGCACAUUCUCGACGACACUGUCCAACCAGAGGACUGCGUGCUCGUCCCGUACCUUAGUUACCGACCGAUAACGAACCGACCGACCGCAUAUAUAUACUUUAUAUAUAUACAGCUGGAUAUCACCGACUCCGCUGGCCGCCAUGGGACCGACGCCCGCCACGCUGGCCCCCCCGGCCCUGGCCACGCUGCGCACCCAGGACUCCGUCGUCAUGGAACGGUCCAUUAGUCAAGACAUACGCGAGGAGCGUGAGGAGCUGCGAGAAGCCGCUGCUCAAACGCUCAACGUCAUUGUUGACCUGAACCUCGACGGCACUGUCAAGUGGGUUAGUCCCUCCUGGGCGGAUGUGGUUGGUACUCCUAUAGACUCUGUCGAGGGAACCCCCAUCUCCGAUCUUAUUGCCAGCGAAGACAAGACCAUUUUUACCGAUGUCGUCGAGUCCAUGAAAAAAGACGACUCUCGUAGUCACCAUAUCCAAUUCGCCAUGCAACUUGGCCCCCUUUCGAAGCUGCAAACUAUCCCGGUAGAGACCGACACUCCGGAGUCUGCCGCCGACCAACCCCAGGAAAAGGUCCAGGCAGCUGCUGCCCUUGAGGCACAAGGUAUCAUGGUAUAUGACACUGCUUCUGGUGGAGAAUCUCAUACCAUGUGGAUGAUUCGCCCCUGGACAGCCCCCCAAGAGAUCCAAAUCGACUUACCCGAAGUCAUUGUAGACUCUCUCGGCUCUGGUGCUGAAGUUCUCGCUGGCUAUCUUACCCAACUCGCAGAAUCCGCCGAAGAGGAUGUCGAACCGCUCGAUCCCCCGCCACCUGUCCUAUGCCGAAUCUGCGAACGACAAAUCCCGCCGUGGUGGUUUGAGAAACAUACAGACCUGUGCUUACAAGAGCAUCGUGCCGAGAUGGAUGUCCAACUCGCCCAGGAAACCCUCACAGAACACCGCCAUGCCAUUGUCAAGGUCCUCGAUGCUCUGGAAACCCGCCAGAGCAGACCUCUCACCCUCGCUGCCGAAGCACAAAACACCCCCUUGACCGAAUAUAAAGGGUUGCCCAUCGGUCCUCCUCCCUCAUCCACUCAGUCCUCCCCUAGCACAUCGUUGGCCCGCUCGCGAGAUCGUACCAGCGGAUUUGGCCAUUCUAGAGCUCGGUCAUUCGCUGUGCGUAGACCGCAGGCUCGCAUCGUUGAGCUGCUGAUGGAUCUUUGCGACACCGCAUUGGAAAUUAGUACUCCCACCGUCAAGGAGAGCCUUACCCGUCUUGAAGACGGCGACGUUAGAACGCAGUCCCCGCAGUCAGAGUCGAGGAUAUCCCAGGUUACACAAUGGCAGUCACCAAGCACAAAUACGUUGGAACAAGAACAGGGCCUUGCCCUUCUCUGUGCGGAUACCGAAAAGGCUGCUCGAGCCAAGGUGGACGCCGUCUUCCGCCACAGAAAGAUUCUCGAGUAUUCCGAGAGAAUCCGCGUCGAACUUUCUGUUCUGGUUCAAGACUGUGUGGAUGACGCAAUGAGACAGGCAGCCCGUAUCGCCUCGGGACAAUUGUCAGACUCAGCUACCGACGAUGAAGGCGAAUAUAUCGAAGGCACACAGUCAAGACCAGCCGAACCCAGUAUUCCCAAAGACAGCGUUUUGCCUGCAAGCGACUCUCAGACCCAGAUGGACUCCCUGCGAAGCCAGACCGAGGUGGCCACGUUCCAACAACAUCUCACAAGCCCAUCUGCACUUGCUGCUGCUCUGCGUCAGGUUGAUCUGGCGUCUAGCAUCGGUGGUUCCCGCCCAACAUCAUUCAUUGGAUCCACGGGCUCCAAUAGCCCGAAAGAAUGCCUUACGCCACGUUCGUACGGAGCUGGUCCUGGCACAGGCACUUCUGUUCAGAGUGGCCGUGAGGGAAGACGAGGUUCAUCCUUGUGGCUGGAAAGCGAAUCUGGCGACUUGGACGACCCAGCUCGUUCAUCCUCCAUUGCAUCACGAACUGCCCCUCGCACGGAGUCGCCCAUCUCCGAAUUUGGCGACCUCCGACGAGCCGCUAGCACACGCCAACGGCAACGUCGUAGUUUGGUUCUCCCCGGAACGAUUUCCCCUCGACGCCAAGAAUCGCCCUCUCGUGUCUCGACCCAGCCGUCGUCUCCCCUCCGUAUUAAGCCUCGCAUGAUUCCCGGCGCAUCUGAUGUGCUUGUGUCACCAGAAGCGUCGCCCAUGUUCCCAAGCAGUGAAUUCAGCUCACCAAUUACCCUUCCAACUCGCCAUCACCGAAGACAGUCAUCUGCAGCCAUCUCAGAUUUUGUUAUGCGCCCACCGCCUUCGCCUAGACUGGGAGCCAGCCAAGCCCCGCCUCAGGCUCGCUCCAAUCAACCUUCCAUCAAAGACUUUGAAAUUAUCAAGCCCAUCAGCAAAGGUGCCUUUGGCAGCGUCUACUUGUCCAAGAAGAAGUCGACUGCUGAAUAUUUUGCUAUCAAGGUGCUCAAGAAGGCGGACAUGGUGGCCAAGAAUCAGGUUGGCAACGUCAAAGCUGAGCGUGCCAUUCUGAUGUGGCAGGGCGAGAGUGAAUUUGUCGCCAAGCUUUACUGGACAUUUUCUAGCAAGGACUACCUCUAUCUUGUUAUGGAAUACUUGAAUGGUGGAGACUGCGCUUCGCUCAUCAAAGUCAUUGGAGGGCUUCCAGAAGACUGGGUUAAAAAGUAUCUUGCCGAAGUGGUGCUUGGUGUUGAGCAUUUGCACGAACGUGAUAUUAUCCACCGUGAUCUCAAGCCGGAUAACCUUUUGAUUGAUCAAAAGGGACACUUGAAGCUGACAGAUUUUGGAUUGUCCCGAAUGGGUUUGGUUGGACGACAAAAGCGAGCUCUAAAUAACGAUAACGCAGAGACGACACCAGACCUGCUGAAGCAAGGCCCGUUUGUACGCUCCGUCUCGGUUGCGUCGUCUCGUUCUACGUCUAUGGACCUACAUGGUCAAGUCACAUCGCCAGGAACUGCUCCCCAUAUUCCUCUAGAAGUGGGCAGCCAACCCUCGUACUUUAGCCUUGGUCCCGAACCACGCAGAGUCUCUGGCGGCCAGCGAAGCGAUAGCGGUGGCAGCGAGACGCUCAGCAGCAUGCUUGCAUCCUUUUCCCUCAAUGAAGCCGAGGUGCACUCGCAAGCCGUGAGCACCAAAUCUCCACCUGAAGAGGAGAGCAUGAUACACGGCUCGCCAGACCUUCCCGGCAGCCUACCAAGCACAAGAGCCAGUAUUGAUAGUCACGCUCGACACUCUUUGCCGGCAUCCAACAUGAUGCCUCCCCCCAUGGCCCUUUUCGACCCAGAAGACACCAACAGGCGAUUUGUGGGCACUCCCGACUAUCUUGCGCCCGAGACAAUCAAUGGCGAAAAACAGGACGAAACUAGUGAUUGGUGGUCCGUUGGAUGCAUCCUUUUUGAAUUCUUGUUUGGUAUCCCGCCAUUCAACGCCCCCGAGGCGGAACAAGUCUUUGAAAAUAUUCUCGCGCGAAACAUUCAGUGGCCGGACGAGUCGCUUUUGGAGCUGGUGUCGGAAGAGGCAAAGGACCUCAUUAACAAACUUUUGUGCGUUGACCAAUCUAAACGACUUGGUGCGAACCAGAAUGACAAGUUUGCUUCUGGAGGUGACGAAAUCCGCCACCAUCCAUGGUUUGAGGGUAUCAACUGGGAUACUUUGCUAGAAGAUGAAGCGCAGUUUGUGCCCCAGCCUGAAAACCCUGAAGACACUGAAUACUUUGAUGCUAGAGGCGCCGUUUUGCAAUCGUUUGCAGAGGAGCUGGAAGACAAUUCUUCCUCACAGUCGGCUGCCGGCUCGGAAUAUGCAGACCGUCCUCACGAUGCCCUUUCCAAGGCUCGCACUCAGGUCAACUCUCUUAACCGCAAGCUGAUGCCGCUGCACAUCCCUCCCCAUGUGCGCGACAUGAAGUCGAGACGCCUGAGCGAGCCUGUCGCGCCAGAUGACUUUGGCAACUUUUCUUUCAAGAACCUGCCCGUGUUGGAAAAGGCAAACAAGGACGUUAUCCAAAAGCUCAGGGCAGAAGCCCUUGCAGCACAGAACAAGCAGCCGUCGUCGGCUACUUCUACUGGAGGGUUGGCAUCACCGGCCCCAUCUCUUGAAGGCAGCCCGGUUCUGGCAAAUCACCUGCAUCGAAGCUUGUCCACCAAGUCGAGCACGCGCCCACAGUCUCCAUCUGGAUUCACGCACGCCACGUCUAGCCCUAGCCGUGCCUCCCAGCCUGGCUCGCCAUUGCUCAUGUCCUAUGUGCCUGGCCAGCCAACAGAGGGCCGAAGAAAGGCAUCAAGCAACGCAUCAAACCUGUCCCAGCAGUCUGGUCCAUCACUACUACCAGUGAAUACAGACGUACCAAAGGUUCCUCCCAGCCUGCAAAAGGCUGCCACUACGAUUGGUGCCACUUCAUCGCCCAUCAAACCACGGACAUCCACUCCAGCUCUUGGCAUCUCUCCUCAAAAGAUGGUGUCGACUCCACGCCAAGGCAGCUCUUCAACAAGCCGCUCUCGAUCCCUGACUGUUGGAUCGACAGAGGCGAGCCCAGCAGCAUCUGAUAUCCUGACGCACCGUAACCGUCGCAGCCAAGUGUUUGAUAUGUCUCCAUCAUCGUCGGAUACUGAAGGCGACAAGCACAAUGCGCUGCUCCGUGUGCAACGGCGCCGACAAAGCUCGCGCCGUCUUUCCCAGAUUGCUUUUGAUGGACUGCCUACUUUUCGACCCCUUGACGUGCUCAUCUGCGAAGAUCAUCCCGUGUCUCGCAUGGUGAUGGAAAAGCUGCUUGAAAAGCUCCGAUGCCGUACCAUUUCCGUUGCUAAUGGAUCCGAAGCCGUGCGGUAUGCCAUGAGUGAGAUCAAGUUUGACGUAAUCUUCCUGGAGUAUAAGCUGCCCCAAAUCAACGGCGUGGAUGUUGCGCGCAUGAUUCGAGAGACCAAGAAUGCCAACUCACACACGCCAAUUGUUGCGAUUACGGCGUACUUGAAGGAGGUCCAAGGGCCGCACUACUUUGACUCGCUGAUUGAGAAGCCUAUUAGCUCCUCGAAGCUGAGCGACACGCUGCGCAAUACUUGCCAAUGGAGACCCGAGUCUCCCCAGCGUGCGAGCUCUGGGUCCGUCGGUAGCUCGCAGGCACCGGCGCUUCCCAUCAAUCUGCGCCGGUUGACAGGGCCACGAACGGACGAUAGCCCGACAUCCAGUAUUUCCAUGUUUGCAGGUCGCCAUGGUCUGGCAUCAAGUCGAGAAGAUUCGCUAUCUUCGAGCAUCUUUGGCGAUUCGGAGUCGGUGACUACCGACGAUGUUCCUGUCGUGGUUAGUCGCAAGACAACAGGAGACUGGGAAGAAGGCGGUCUGGGUAUUUCCGAGGCGGAUAUUCUUGGCGGACAUGAGGGAUCAUCGCCCAAGACAAUCCCCAUGCUUCUUUCGCAUCAGUCGGCACCACCACAGAUUGAACAUAUGCAGUCCCAGCAACAACAACAACACCAACAGGCGCAGACGCAGCAGCAAACUGCUACGCGAGCCCUGCAAGAUGUCCAACCGAGAAAGGCCUCUGACGCCGCAGAACAGGCUGAUGACGAGGAUGGCGGAGACAGUCAAGAUAUUCACCGUAGCCGACGUGGCAGCAAGGUGGGCAAGACGCCGCUGCCGAGCUCGAAGCUGGGCAUUGAGAUGAUGCGCGCCAACAGCCACGACAGUGUGACGUUUGGGUCCGAGAGCACACCGGAGACGGUCACGCUGGCCGCUACGACGCCGUCUCACGAAGGUGACGGCCCCAUCCUCGACGGAGCUUUUGGAGUGCCGCAGACAAUGGUGACGCAAGCGACGCCAAAGGCGGAUACUGGAAAGCUGGAAAACACGCCCCGGCCCCAGGAGUGAGGCCAGGUCAGCGUUGUAUGACAGCGUGCCAUUGCGGGUUUAACAAGACAUUUUGGCGAAGAGCAAAAAAAGAGAAGACGGCGGGCGCAUACGACGCUGGCUAGCCGAUCUCUUGAUUUGCUAUCUCUUCCUUUCUAUCUUGUCCUUUUGUUUUCUUUUUCUUUUCUAGCCUCUUUUUCCGGCUUGGCAGCGCUGCGAGCCCUGAUGAAAGACUAUUUUUGUGUUUGCUUUGCUGUUGCUUUGGGAUCACGGGUAUUUUACGAUGUAUGCUUUUUUGUGUUGCUUGCUUCUUUACAGCAGCGCGGCGUUUCUGGGCUCGAAAUGAUAAGGAUGAAAGUUUUGACAAAGCAGCCUGGAGGCAAGUCGAUUGACUACAAUGGAUUUUGCUACAGAAGACACUAUGACAUGAUGAUGAUGAGGAUGAUGGGGAUGAUGGGGAUGAUGGGGGAUUGUCUGGUGUACCAUGAAGAAAGGGGUUUUUUGUUUUUGCUGUAUAUAAUAUCAUUAGCUGGACGGAAGGGAAGCAUAUUCUCCUUGUUAAUAUUACGAGUUUUCACGACACGAAUCAAUAAAGAUUGUCUACUUUUUUCUAACUGAACACGUUCACACACGAACGAACAUGCUGUACAUCGAAUUGGCCUGCCCUUUUUGAAAACCUUCUGGUGCAUUCGCCGUGGAGAAUAAACGAGUUAACUGAAGUUACAGUGCAGGCAGGGGAUGAAGAAAGAACAGCGCCAAGAUAUAGUUUUGCCGGCGCGAUGGUAGCCUACAUACGGGCCAACGACGAGGAAAAAAACGGUCUAGCGAGCGAGGGGGAUCUGGCGGCUAGCGAAUAAUAUUUGAUUGGCUUAGCGGCUGUGGUUGUGUGGAAUUGGACCCUACUGACAGCUAGCUUUCUGCCCUGUGUGCUAGUGAUCGACACUGAGCCUUGACUUUUGCUUUUCUAGGGUCUUUCUUUUGACGUACAUCUACAUGCUGCAUCUUGUAUGUUGCAAUGCUACUUGCUCGCCAACGUGUUCGUUCUUAGAGGGGUUGGGACAAGCUUGCAACGUCGUGAGAAGGGUUACGUCGAGGCACGAAAGAGGGAAUGUGUCUUGUGCGCAUUUUCCGUAUUCCAACAACCGUGGCCAGUGCGUGGCUGACUGACCGUUGGCGGUGUAGUAUAUGUGCGUUUUCUACCGUAGUCUAUGCUUCUGUUGCUGCUACCAUGGACGGGACGGCAGAGAAGUAAGUGGUGGUGGUGGUGGCUUGAGAGGGGGUGUGUGCCUGGUUCGGUGUUCUGAAUGCGUCUCCAAGCCGAAGGAAAAAAAAACAGACAUGCGAUGUACGUGCGUAUUCAUGGAAUUUCAGGGUUUCUGGGUGGGAAUUUCGUGCUACUGUCUACGGGUUAUGCGGGGGGCGAGGAAUGCAGAGAUGCAUUGUUUGCAGGCUGCGUUCAGUGCAAUGUCUCAGUUCGUCUCUUGUUUCGGCCGCCGCCAGCUGCACCAAGUGGCCCGAAAGUUAAACCGAACAUCUGGCAACAAGACCCCGAAAAAGAGAGAAAAUAGAA